AUCUCUAAACAGAAUGGCUGAGCAAAGGUCAAGCUACAACAUGAUGGAAGAUCACACUGGGAAUCAGCAGAUCCAUUCUGGAGAACCGUUCCAGAUAGGAGGAGAGAGGAAAGACCUAGCUUCUCAAGGCGGCUAUACUCUGCUGCAGGACAAUGAGGAUGACUCCGGGCAUGGUUUGAAAGGAUAUUCUCAACACACCCCAGCCGAUGAUGGAUCGGAUGAACAGGUCUCUGAAACAUCUGCUAAGAGCACUCCAACUACAGAAGAUGUGACAGCACCUUUAGUGGAUGAGCAGGAACAUGAAGAUCAGCCUGCAGCCCAGGUGGAGAUACCUGAAGGAACUACAGCUGAAGAAGCAGGUAUUGGAGACACCCCUAACCUGGAGGAUCAAGCAGCUGGAGAUGUUUCCCAAGCAAAAAAUGUAUCUCGUAAAAGCAGUGUGGCUGGAAGUGAUGAGAAAAAAGCCAAGAGGGCCGAAGCUAAAAGUGGAAUAAAAAUGGCCACGCACAGGGCAGCAAUGCCUUCGGGUCAGAAAGGAUCAGCCAAUGCUACCAGAAUCCCGGCGAAAACAUCAGGCCCAAAGACACCUCCAAGUGCUGGUGAAUCUACAAAAUCUGGAGAGCGAAGUGGCUACAGCAGCCCGGGCUCCCCAGGAACCCCUGGUAGCCGAUCUCGUACACCUUCUCUGCCCACACCUCCCACCAGGGAACCAAAAAAGGUGGCCGUGGUCCGCACACCACCCAAAUCCCCAUCUUCAACUAAGAGUCGCCUUCAGACUUCUGCAGUCCCCAUGCCAGACUUAAAAAAUGUCAGGUCCAAGAUUGGGUCCACUGAAAACUUAAAACAUCAGCCAGGAGGUGGAAAGGUGCAGAUAUUUAAUAAGAAGCUGGAUCUUAGCAACGUCCAGUCCAAGUGUGGCUCAAAGGAUAAUAUCAAACACGUCCCAGGAGGAGGCAGUGUGCAAAUAGUAUACAAGCCAGUCGACCUGAGCAAGGUGACUUCCAAGUGUGGCUCAUUGGGCAACAUCCACCACAAACCAGGUGGUGGCCAGGUGGAAGUAAAAUCUGAGAAACUGGACUUCAAGGAGAAAGUUCAAUCAAAGAUUGGUUCCCUGGAUAACAUCACCCACGUCCCUGGUGGAGGAAACAAGAAGAUCGAAUCUCACAAGCUAACCUUCCGUGAGAAUGCCAAAGCCAAGACUGACCACGGAGCAGAAAUUGUCUACAAGUCACCCACCAUGUCUGGGGACACCUCUCCCCGGCACCUCAGCAACGUCUCUUCUACCGGAAGCAUCAAUAUGGUGGACUCCCCUCAGCUCGCCACGUUGGCUGACGAAGUCUCUGCCUCCCUGGCCAAGCAGGGCUUGUGAUCUUGCUCAGCAGUGUGGUAAUCAUGGAGAGAGGAGAGAGAGAGAAAGAGAGAGAGAAAGAGAGAGAGAGAGAGAGAAAAAGAGAGAAAGGAAAAAAGAAAGAAUAAUUGUACAGCCCUUCUUCCUCUGUUCCUUUCCCAGCUGUUUCUCAAAGAUUACCUAAUUGGUUAAUGAUUUUACCUGCUGUUGGCCUCUUUGGCUUGAGCUCCAGGACCUCAAAAUCAGUGAUGGGAAUAAAAGCAAAUUUUGUCUUUA